AUGGCACCCACCUCCUCACAAGUCCUAGGGACGUCACCACUGUCCAACCACUUCGCAGCCUUGUCUCCAGAGAUGAUCCACGCUUCGCUUGAGGACCCAGAAAUGAACGCCAUCUUAGGCCUCGCGCCGCCUCGUGCUGGGAUUGCGUCGUCGGCGUCUACCCGUACCACCUCUGAACCACCCUCCAAAACCAAGGGCCCCUUGAAGGUAUACACUUGCACCGAGUUGCUCCGCCUCAGUGGCCGGGCAAGAUCACCCAAGCUGCCACCUUUUGAGAGCUGGUUCGGGACUCCUGCUCCGGCUGGCGCGCGCGUCGACGACCCCGCGAUCGCGAGCAUCAACGCAUCCGGCGGCCGCCGAGCGGGUGGCGCUGGCAGCUUUGGAGAAGGCUUUGGCUUUGGCGGAGGCAUCGGCAUUGGCGGCCGCGGCCUCGGCCGUGGAGGGACACGUAACGUCGGGUUGCGCCGCCAGCAGCAGCAGGACAACCCCAAUAUUGACCCCGCUAUUGUUGAGCAGGGUCGCGGCAACUUUGGUGGCCCGAUGGGCAAGUUCUCUAUGCGGCCGUCCGGAGAGCGCGGAAUGCGCCUUGGUGGCGAAGAGGUGAGGCAGCACCGCGAUGGUGACAAGGGCGACCGCGACCGGCGGCGACGAGACGAUGGCGACUGGCGCCGCGGUGACCGGCAGCAGCAGCCUCCCCUGCACCAUAAUCGCAACGGGGAGGGUUCGCGCCGUGGACCACCGGGCUUCAGCGGCCCACGCUACGACGACGACAGCAUCGAGCCGGCAUGGAUGAGCGACGAUGUCCCCGCUAUCGAGGACCCCGCUAUUGCCUCCAGCUCGGCUGGAGAAACAGCCGUAGACGGUCUCGUCCAGUUCGUGCCUGGCCAGGACAUGAUUGCGGCCCACAAGCGCGCCAUGAAGGCCCGCGCGGCAGGUGGCGCAGGGCAGGACAAUUGGCGUGCGUCCGACAAGAAUUUGGUUUCCUUCUUUGGUGGCCAGGAGGCCGCCGCUGCGCCGCCCCCUACGCCACCCAAGCCCAAGGAAGUCGACCAUCGCAGCUACUUCAAGAAGCGAAAUGUGAUCGAUGACGAUGACGACGAGUCAGACGACAAGAACGAGCCGAGCUCACAGGCCUUCCAGAGCCGCUUCCAGCGGUUCUUCACGCAGGAGACUGUUGCGUCGACAGUCCAGCCCGUUCCCCAGAUGGCACACCGUGCACCUUCUCCCCAGGCACCCAUGCCACCACCGCAGAUGCGUCCAAGCCCGAUCGUACGUGGCCCGUCUGAGCCUCAGAAGCCGUUGCCAAGCCCCGGCCCUCAGAAUGCCGAGGACCACCUCGCCAAGCUCAUGGGCGUUCUCUCGACGAGGAGUAUCAGCCCCGCGCAGCCGCGCCCUGCUUCCGCAGAGAUGGCCCAGCAGCGCAUGCCGCCAAACCUCGGACAUCUCCCUCCCUUCCCUGGCGACCAGUACCCUCCGCCACCACCUGGCCUCCACUAUGACUAUGGUCACUCGCCAACUGAGGCUCCCAGCGACUACAACCGCCCGACUGCACCCAACGAUUACAACAACCUGUCACACCACCAGACCUCGCGUCGCGACAUGAGCCCAGAGCGGCCGGACAUGCCUCCUCACAUGAUGCCCCCACCGCAGCACCGUGGCAGCCACUACUCGAGCCCUCCUCCUGGCGCUGAUCCUCGCGGGUACCCGUUCCCAGGCCAACGUGGCCCGCCUCCGCCACCUGGUCCCGGCUACCCGCGUUCCCCGAUGGGCGAGCUUCCUGCCAACGGACCUCCUCCCUUCUACGACCGCAUGGGCGGCCCUCCUCCCGGCGUAGAUCUCCUCCAGAUGCUCCAGCGCGGCCCGCUCCCUCCUCCGCCCAUGGGCAUGCUCCCACCUCAUCCAAGCAUGUACGGUCCUCCGCCACCCGGCGGUCCCGGAGGCCAUGGCCCGUCACCGGAUGAUCUCCUGCGCAAUCUCCAGGGCGGCGGUCCGAACGGUCCUCCACCCGGCCUCCCGCAGUACAGCCGCCCGCCCAUGGGCCCCGGUGGACCCGGCUACGGUCCCCUCCCGAUGCAGGGCUUCCUCCCUCCGCAUGCUCCCCAGUUCUACCAAGGCGGCGGCGCUCCCCCUGGCCCUCCCCCAGGCAUGUCGAUGGGACCUGGUGGGCCCCGCCCUCCUGGCAUGAUGCCCUACCCCGGCGCGCCGAACCAGGACAUGCUCGCGGCGCUCCUCGGCCCGCGCACUAAUGGCCACUAG